AUGGUGAGAUACUACUGUGAAUACUGUCAUUCCUACCUUACUCAUGAUACGCUGAGUGUGAGAAACUCACAUUUGGUGGGUAAAAAUCAUAUUAAAAUGGUUGCAGAUUAUUAUAGAAACAAGUCCAGGCCUCAAAGGUGGCCUUCUGCGGUCAGUGCUACUUCAAAUACAGUUAUAGAACCUUCUACUACAUCUGCCACUGCUACAGGAAAAAGUAAGCUGGCAAAAUCAAUUUCCAAAAUUCGAAUCCACCCUAGCACUAGAGCAGCUAAAAAAGUUCAACGACAAAAAGCAAGAGCGUUUGCAAAAGAACAAAUGUCUAUUCAAGAAGAAUUAGAUAGAACUUUAACUAGUUUAUACCGAAGAGCUCCUGGUUAUUCAAAAGUUUUUAUUCCAGAUAAUCGUUUUGAUAUAAGUGCUUCCGUUCGUCAAGCUCGUCGUCCCCAAAGAGCUAAUGAAAGAGGUCAUCAAGAUCAGCAUGGAAACAACCAAUAUAAUCGUCAUCAGCAUACUGACUCUAAUAUGAAUCCACCUAGAGAUGAGACUAUUGAUGAAGCGGCCAGAGCUACUAUUUCUCUUCCGCCUCCAAGAGUCCUCACUGCUUGGGCAAAUCCAAUACCCCGUAGUACAAUCCCACAAGUAAGCCAACAAUAUGCUUCACAAUUGGACCAUCCGUAUACUGCAGCUAUUAAGGCAUCUAUUUCAAAUAUUAAAGGUUAUAAUACUAAUUCUCACGUGUAUCGCGGAUGA